AUGACGAAAACAUUUUCGAAUAACUUUAGCGAUAUAGCUGUCCGCGGCCACAGGGCAUACGCUUCUAUCUAUCUAUCUAUCUAUCUAUCUAUCGCCAUGAUCUAUCUAUCUAUUUAUCUAUCUCUUGCCAUGAUUUAUCUAUCUAUUGCCAUGAUCUAUCUAUCUAUUUAUCUAUCUAUCUAUUGCCAUGAUCUAUCUAUUUAUCUAUCUAUUGCCAUGAUCUAUCUAUUUAUCUAUCUAUCUAUUGCCAUGAUCUGUCUAUUUAUCUAUCUAUCUAUUGCCAUGAUCUAUCUAUCUAUCUAUUGCCAUGAUCUAUCUAUCUAUCUAUCUAUUGCCAUGAUCUAUCUAUCUAUUGCCAUGAUCUAUCUAUCUAUCUAUCUAUUGCCAUUAUCUAUCUAUCUAUCACUCGAACCAAACAAAAAUCACACUCAUCUGUUUAAUUCCUCUUUUCUAUCUAUCUGUCUAUCUAUUUCUGUUUGUUAUCUAUCUAUUUCUGUUUGUUAUCUAUCUAUCUAUCUAUCUAUGUUUUUCAACUAUCUAUCUACUAUCUAA